AUGGCGGCCAGCGCGGUGCGGAGGGGCCUUUUGGGCCCGGCGCGGAGGCUGGGGCUCGCCGGGUCGCGGCGUUUCAGCAGCGGGGGCGGCUACCCCGGCACCCCGCUGACGGCCCCUCUGCCGGGGCUGCCCAAGCCCGCCUUCGCCGGCCUGGACGGGCCGGAGGGCUUCGAGACGGAGGUCAGCGCCCUGGAGGGCGGGCUGCGCGUGGCCUCCCAGAGGAGGUUCGGACCCUUCUGCACCCUGGGCGUCCUGAUCAACUCCGGGUCGAGAUACGAAGCCAAGUACACCGGCGGCGUUGCCCACUUUCUGGAGAAGUUGGCCUUUUCUUCUACAGCUCAGUUUAGCAACAAGGAUGAGAUCCUUCUCACGUUGGAGAAGCACGGAGGCAUUUGUGAUUGCCAGGUGUCAAGGGAUACCACCAUGUAUGCCAUUUCUGCAGAUAGCAGGGGCCUGGACCCCAUGGUCAGUCUCUUAGCUGAUGUGGUUCUCCAGCCCAGACUGUCAG